AUGAGGCUGCAUCAACAAUUUAUGGACCACAUGGUCUGUCCACUUACUUGCAGCUCUUCAGAGGCCUUGCUAAGAUUAAUUCUUAAUACUGUGGAUAGAGCAUCAAUAGACAGAACAUUUGGGGAUGUCCUGCAGCCAGCAGAACCCACAUACGAAGUAGGAGAAGUUGCUGAAGUUACAUCUGUAGGUGCUAACCUGAAAAAUUCAGCAGAAAACCAGACUCAGCAGACUCAGCCCAUUUCUUUAACUCCCUUCCUCACUGGGGAGAAAUAUGAGGCCACUUCAGCCUCAUGGCAGAUAGUGUGUAAUAAUGCCUCCUGGGAGACAUGUUUUUAUUGGCACAAGGGAUUAUUGGGUCAGAGCAAUGGAACGAUAGAAUGGCAUAUUCCAGACACUGCCCAGCCUAGAAUCUACAGAAUAAAAUAUUGACACAAUAGGAAGCAGGAUAUUUGGAAGUCUACUAUCAUGCUUUCAUCUGAAGGCACAUCUACUGUUGUAACCACUUAG